GAUAUGAAAAAAAUGUCGUAGAUGGGAUUACCAAGAUACCAAUCGUAUCUUUGUGGUACUUGGAUAAUACCCCUUCAAGCUCACGCACAACAUCAAUCUCUAAAACAGACUUCCCUUCUAGAUCCACCCCACCGUCUCCCGGUUUGUGUCUAAAUUGUGAAAUAAACAAUGAGUAUUUGCAUCAUCAUCGUCAAGAACUAAAGAAGAACGUUCGCAGUUGUUUAGCUGCGGCCACGAUGUGCUUUCGAUUCAAUAGUUCAAUGUAUCUUAUUCACCACGAGCCCCCGGCGCAAGGCCUUAUUAUUCACUUAAGAAGUUCAGGGAUUUUAUACCCAAGGCGUCGCUUAUACAGUAGCUUUUCGGACACGGGAAUGAACGUUCAUAGCAGGCCGUCCACCUUACGUCAGGUCUGGUUACCCAACUGGUAA